AUGGAGAAGAAGUCGCCCUCACUCUGUUCCCGCCUAGAGAGGGCCAUCACAUCUUUUCUGUACAACGACUCUCUUGGACGUUCACGGGCCUGGCGGAUGGGACUGCAGGUUCCACUCUGGUUCUGGACGCACCAGCUCACCGUAGAGAGUGAGCGAGAGGGGCGGGAGGUGCAGAAGGUGGUGAAUCUUGUGCGUUGGUUUCACGACAAUGGUGCAAAUGUGACGCAAGUUGCGAUUAUCAUCCCGGGCGAGAUGAAGCCCAGGCUUCGUGCCGAGCUGGUGACAGCUUUACAGAGCGGUGCGACUUCAGAAGAGCUGACACUGCCGAUACUGUUGGGACCGCAUGAGCUGACUGCGAUGAAUGCACGGGAUCACAUUGUGCAUCAGUUCGAGGUUGUUCUUUACGUCCUGGCGCUUCCCCCAGUGGGCCGCUUCUUGCAUGUAGCUAAGCAGCAAGAACAGUUUCUUGGCGACGCAAUUGCUGGCGCAGGAGGUGCGUUUAUUUUAAUUGGGGAUGUGGGCUGGACCUCACCGCAUAUUACUGUUCAAUGGCCGCAGUGGAGAACGUUUGUAAUGAAGUUAGAGGAAGAGACACCCCUCGUUUCCUCAGAAGGCAGUGCAAAGUUGCCUGAUGGUGCGAGAUUUUCCUCGUUGGUGGGAACUCACAUCCCGUUGUGCUGUGCAAGGCACGUGGAGCAACGUCAGCUGGAGCACGGCGUUGCACCAAUCGUCCGGACCUGCAGGCGAUUGUGUCUUCAGCCCUUUCUUUGCCAGCGGGAUGGGCAUGUGUGCAUGGAGCCAUGCCACCCACGUGUCUCACAUGCAAACUGCCCGUACGCAUGUCAAACGCUUAUGCCAUGCACUCAUGAAUGCUUGCAGAGCUGCUCAGAGCGAUGCAAUUGCUUUGAAGUUCAUGAGCAUCCUCUUCCCUGUUCCCACAAGGCUGUCAUAGGCAUGGAUAAGGCCACCAUGCAGCCCAUCUACGCAGAGGUUCGACAUAUAUUUAAAGGGUACUGUGCCGAUACCGAGCUUCCCUGUGUUGUUGAAUAUACUACCGAGUGUGCACGAUGCUUGGGACCCUUGAUGACAACGUGUUCAGAGGCGCGACAACACAACCAUACAUUAGAGCAAAAGACAAUGCUGUGCUCAGGCUGCAUUCGUUUGGAGCGUGAGGUGCGGGCCAAGGUUCUGGGUGAAAUCCUCGUCAAAACAGAAGAGGCGAAACGCUUGAUGAAGGUGGAGAUGCAACGAAGCUUGCAUCAGCAGCGAAAAGCGUCAUCACAGGGGCUGUUUCAGGAGGGCAGUCGUGUUACAAUAUGCGACGUCCUCAAGAUUGUCAAGCCGUUGUGCGCUGAUGCAGACUUCCCUGGCGUGAAGUUUGUGGACUACGAUGCUCCUGACUUCUACGCCUCUAUGGAUGGGGCGUACGGGACGUUUGUCAGUCGCCACGUGGAUAUUGACGACCUCAGCGAGGUGCGCAAUCUCAUUCGUCUGCGUGACGGUCAACACGUGCUGGUGGCUGACGGCGGCGUCAGCCUGAUCCGCGCUCUCACCUCCAACAUAACACAACAGGCCCCUGUCCUUCUCUUGACAUACAACGGUGGUGUGGCCAACGGUGGCAGCGGUGACCGUGGCGUGUCUGCCUCCCUGAAUGAUAGUGUGGUCUUUGCAAAGACAGCGAAGAUGAUUGGUCGGAGUUAUUACCUUCCCGUCCCUGUACCCUGCGGCGACAGUACCAUUUCCGACAAAAUUGUGCGGGUGACGGCGGUGGAUCCCGCGUCUCCGGAGGGCGUUGUGGUGGAAUGCACCCGCAUGUCCGUCAUUCAGCACGCCGACGAGGCCCAUGACGGUGAUCAUGAGGGCGAUGAUAAGAGUAAUACUGCAACUUCUGACUCUCUGGCGUGUAAAAGGCCCCGACUGGAGGCUGCACCACCAAAGUCGCACCACUUCCGCAUCUCCGUCGAGGCCUUGACAUUUACGGUUCCUGCUGCUGUGCUGGAGCCAAUCGAGGGCUAUGCGGCAGGAAGGGAGGUGGUGGUUCUCGACCCCACCCGUCAGGUGACUAAUCCACACGACGUGGAAAUUUUCGAGGCGGCUUUGGCGCAAAUGCCCGGUAUUAAUAUGAGGAGCGUCGUGAUCUCAACGGUGCCGGUUGGGAAGGACACGUCCUUCAUACUUCUUGGGGUCGUGAACUCGCCGUCAAAUCUGGAGAAACGGUACGGCCCCUGUGCCGUAUUGCGGCGCCACGUUCGACUUGUUACGGUGCGGUCAGGGCGGCGAGGACGAGGGUCUCAUGGACGUCUUUCUACCUUACAACAUGUGGCGAACGUCAAUGGUGGUGCGGGGGACACGAUGGUGGUUCUGGUGCCGUUUGUUUUUACCGCCGCCGAUGAACUGUUGGAGGCGGAGAACAGCCUUGAUGCCGCCGCUGUGGAGAAGUUUGAGCAGCAGGUGCGCGACACGAUUGCUGAGAGGAGUGAGGAGCUGGCGAUUAGGCACGACGAGGAGGCGUUCCACCAGCAGCGAAAGAUGCCGGAGGUGACGGAGGAGGCGCUCGCACAGGACCGGUUUGCAUACAGCAUCCCGAUCGCUCUGCCGACGGCGGAGUCACUCGCGGGCGUUCGCACACGUCACGCGCGUUUGUUGUGCGCGUCACCGACGUCAUUGUGUCUGAGUAAGCAGAAGGACGCCCUUGCAUUUAAGCAGCAGCAGUUGGGUCUCAACAAGUGGGUUGAGGCGAUGCGGACUCGCUACGCACAGGAGAGGGCGGCGGACGUUGCGUACUGCAAAGGGCUGCAACUGACGGCGGCUAUGAAAAAGUGA